AUGGCCGCCAUGCUCUUCCUCAUCCUCCUCUUCUCCGCCUUCCGAAUCAAGGUCCCACACGUCGCCGUUGCCGGGGUCUCCAGCGCCGGGCCUCAGACCCUCAACCGCCUCCGCAACGGGACCGCCACGGUUCUCGCCGACGUCAAGGUGAGGAACCCGAAUGCGGCGGCGUUCAGGUUCGGCGGCGGUGAGGCGACGAUUUACUACGGGGAGACGGUGGUGGGGGAGGCGGCGACACCGCCGGGGAGGGCGAAGGCGAGGGGGACGGUCCAUAUGAGCGUGGCGGUGGAGAUUUCGGGGGUGAAGUUAUCUGGUGUGUCGCGGCUCACGGAGGACGUUAAAUCCGGGUCGUUGAUGAUGAGCUGCGUUACGCGGAUCCCCGGGGAUGUGAAGAUAAUUACGAAAAAGCACAUGGUCGUGAAAACUAUAUGUGCGGUUAAAUAUGAUUAUGCCACGGGACAACUCACAGCUGGUCACUGUUCACAGUAUGUUAUUUCGUAA